GAAACACGAAAUAAAAAUUGAUUCCCCACCACAGAGAAAACCCAAAGUUACUGCAAGCAAAUUAUAUUAACAAAAUUAUCCUUUUAACACAAAUUUAAUCAUUAAAUUGCCACUCACUAAAUAAGCAAAUUAAAUAAAACAUGGAAUACGAAAGCGUGUUAAUUGUUAAGCCCGAAGUAUUCAUCUACAAAAUUCCCCCAAGGGCCAGCAACAGAGGAUACAGAGCUGCUGACUGGAAUCUCGGUGAACCAACGUGGACGGGACGUAUGCGUUUGGUGGCCAAGGGCACCACAGUCAAUCUUAAAUUAGAGGACAAGACGUCUGGUGCGCUGUUUGCCAAUUGUCCCAUUGAUACAUAUCCUGGUGUUGCUAUCGAAGCUGUAUCGGACAGCUCGAGAUAUUUUGUGAUUCGGGUGCAAGACGAUAAUGGAUCUUCUACAGGUCGAUCGGCAUUUCUUGGGCUCGGUUUUGGCGAUCGUUCUGAUUCGUUUGAUCUCAAUGUGGCGCUACAGGAUCACUUUAAGUGGGUUAAGAACCAGGAGCAAAUAGAAAAAGAGAAAACCGAACCCAAGCAGGAGUUGGAUCUUGGUUUCAAGGAGGGCGAAACGAUUAAAAUUAAUAUGAGAAUAACUAAAAAAGAUGGCUCGGAUGGACCAUCUCGGACGUCUAAAACGAAAAGCGGUACCGGAAUCUUGCCUCCUCCGCCUGGUGGAGUGGGUAAAAUCGCUCCACCACCAUCCGGAGGUGGUGGCAGCGUUCGACAGAGCCCCGCUGCUUCACCAGCACAUAAACCUCAAACUGGCACCGAAUGGGGUGAUUACGCUUCUGCUGGAGCCAACAACCAAGCACAAGAUCAGCAGUCAUCGGCAGCAAACGCAAACUGGGUACAGUUCUAAAUCAUAUAUUACUUAAAUGCUAUUGUAAAAAUAAAAAAAAAAACACCCAACAACCAUAAUGAAUAAAUAAUAAAUAAUAAUUUAACAAAAAAAAAAAAAACAAAUAAAUAUUUACAUACAAAAAAAUUAAAUAAGAUAUCUAAUUCAUAAGAAUGAUAAAACAUUUAACGAAGAAAAAAAUAUGUAUAAAUAUUGUUGAACUGUAUUUUUACAACACACACACACACAUUAUAUAUAUAUAUAUAUACAAAAAUACAUAAAGUAAAAAAAAACAUAAAUAAAAUCAUGAAAUUAACCAAUGUUUAAAAAUAAUAAUUCAUUGGCCCGAAAAAAAUAAAACAAAAAAAAAGAACAUUUAUAAAAAUUAAAUAAAAUUGUAGUUAAUUUUUGUUUUCAAUUAAAUUUAGUUAAAAGAAAAAUAUUUAAAAAUUUGUUAUAAUUCUUAUUUAAUUCAUUAGAAAAAGAAACAAAUUAAUAGUAUUAACGAAUAAUACAGCAAUCGAAAAUUAAAUAGUUUAUGAAACAUACAUACAUAAAAAGAAAACAUAAUAUUCCAAUCUUCUUGUUAGGGGCAGAGAGCAUUCAAAAAAUUGUUUGUUAAUUUUUAAAUACAAUAUUUUUGUACUUAUGUAUGAAGGCAAUUAAUUUUUCUUUUUUUUUUAGAUAUAUUUUUUUAAGUUUCUAUAAUUAAUAAUCUAUAAACAUAUGUAUUUAGAUAUUUAAAAACAAAAAUAUAUUAUUAUAUAAAAUAAAUGUAAAGUACAUAACUCAAAAAAACUCAAAUCGAUGAAAGAUUAUAACUGGACAUCAAUUUUGGAUUAUAUUCAAUGUAAAUCUAUACUAUUAUGCUAUUGCCUAUCUUUAAAUAAAAACAAACAAACAAACAACACAAAAUACAAUGAAAGUGAAUUAUUAACAAAACAAAAUCAUACUAAAACAAAAAAAAACCCUGAAAAUAGUUGUUAGCCCUGUGCUGUCCUAAACGGCAGUGAGGUUCCCCCUUAAAAAAUAUGUAUAUCAAUCAAACUUUGUUUCCUUCGUUCAUAUUUUUAAAAAAUUAUUAAUUCUUAUGUAAUGAUUAUAAUAUUAUUGAAGAAAUAUUGUGAUUUUUAUGAAUUUUUUAAUUACAAUUACUUAAUUAAUCGUUAAUUUGCUUAAUUAAAUACAAAUAAUUUUUAACUUAGCAAAUAUCAAACACACACAUAAACUUAUGAUGAGCAGCGAUCGAAACAUUCCGCAAUUAAAUUGAUAUCUUUUUAAAUAAAUAAACAAACAAAAAUCAAUCCUACAAAAUUUAAAUAAGUAUAUUUUCUAGUUCCUUUCUUUCUUUGUUUUGUUCUUUAAAUAAAUAUUAUUUAACAAAAAUAUAAAAAACAAA